UAAUAAUAAUAAUAAUAAAAUAUUGCACAUAAUGACACAUCUUUUGUAGGUUGUCUAGUCGGUAACGCUAGGGAUGUAUAAACGGUUUAUUCCAUUUGAUAUCUAUUAAAUAAUUCCCAUGAUCGGGAUGUUUAGUGCACGUUAUAUAAUUUUAUUUUUUUAUUCGUUGAGAGUGUUCAAUUUGAUUGGUCAAAAAAAAAUACUAUUAGUCAUUUUAGUCAGAUUCUUUCAACAAUUACGUCAUAUCAAUUUUUUACUGAAAAUAGAAAACUGGAAUGCCGUAUAUUAAACUUGAUCAAAAACUUUUGAUACUCUUUAUUUGAAGAUUUUUAAAUAACAAUUAUAACUAAAAUAAAAAAAAACAAUAAAAUAUAUAAAUAGAAACUAG